UCCCGGCCGGUCCUGGCUCCGGGGUGAUUAAAAGCUUACGUGAGGUGUGUUCGGCUGCAUGAGCUUCCCUUCAUCCUUGUGGUUUAGCCGUACCUUCCCCAAACUGCUGCUUUCUGCACCGUUAGCAGCGUGUAUCCAUCCCAGCAAGGGGCUUCUUUGUUUUGCAACCUGUAAAGUCAUUGGUGAGCCUUCGACUCCAAAGCCAAAAUAUCGGGUGGUCUAUGGAUGAAUAAGGAGUGAAAACAGGAAGCAGUUGUCACAGCUCGCCUGACAAAAUCAAUUUACCAGUGUUUAAACUCGGUCGUUUGAAAAGUAACAUCCAGUUGCAGAUUAUGGCUCAUCGAUUUUCCAAAGAAGAAUUAGAUGAACAGUUUGAAGAGUUUCUGAAAGAGUCUCUUUCAGAUGAUUCACUUGGAAAUUCAAAGAAAAAACCGAGCAUUCUUGAGACAUUGGGACAGCCCAGGAAAAAAGAAACAAAGAAAAAGGAUUCAGUGCCAUGGUGGAUGUCUGAGGAAGAUGUGGAUGAUGGUGAUUUUCAAACAAGAUUUGUUAAACUGGGAAAAGAGAAGAAAAUGAUGGAAAGCCAAGCUGAAAUUGUGGAAAACUGUGAACAAAAGAGUCCCCAUUCAGAUUCCCAGUCUGUAGUUCCCCCUGAACCUUCUUCCAGCGCAUCUCGCAGCAAGGCUUUGUCUAAAUUCAAAAUGUUGGAAAAAUUUCAUAAGGACAAGAAAGAUUUGUACUUAAACAAAGAAGAAGGAAGCCUCACUUCUGACAGUCCAGACAAUUCUGAGGGAAUGCUUGAAGCCAGUGGAAGGUUUGUCAAAAUGCAGGAUGCUGCGCAGCUCAUGGGGGAAGCAGAUGAGAGCAUGCAUGUGGAAAAGAUGCAGCUUGAGACAAGUGAUGGGGUUAAUGUCUCCUUAAGUAUAGACAGCCUGGAGAAAAAUGAUUCAGUUUUAGCUUCUGGGCCUAAUCAAAGUAUCAUGGGACUUGGAUUGGAUACCUUGGAAGAACAAGAAGAAAAUAAGGACUUCUUUGCCAAACUUGAACAAGAAGCUUCCUCUACUAUUGAUUAUUCAAGAUUAAACAAAGAGCUGGAUUCCAAUGAUUCUGCAUUACUAGCACCAUUUGUACGAAAUGAAAAAAAUGAAAAAGAAGAAGAAGCUGCACAUGAAGCAAAAUCUGGCAGCUACAGUGAAGAUUUUGAAGAAGAAGCAGAUGCUAAUCCUGUCUCUAAAACUGAGGGAAGUCAGGAGAAUCAAAACAUCAUGUCAGGAGCUGAUUUAAGUCCUCAAGAACAGGAAGAAGCAAACACUGGCAUGCUGGCUAAAGUCGUAUUACUUGAUUCACAAGAGUCAACUAGAGAACUUCAAAAGGCUGUUGAAACAUCAGAUGUAGCUCCAGGUGAACAAUACCUGCCUGAAGAAGUCAGUGGGAUUGAAAUGAACGAAGCAGGUGCUUCCUAUGGACAAACCAGCAGUGAGAUGGAAGCAUUACACCAAGCUUACCAUCAUAUUGAGCAGUCUUUGGGAGACACUGAUGAGCAGAAACUGCCCAGUUCUGCAGCAGCACUCACGGAGAACCUUCUGCAAGGGGUUCCACAAAAUAAUGACAUCUGUUCAAAAAACAUGUCAACCAUUGAAUCAGACUUACCUACUGUGGAAGAAUUCAUGAAACCAAUUAAAGGACAUGCAUCUGUUAUCAGAAGUUUUGAUGUGGAGCCCGGAAGUUCUGAGAAACUGGUGGACAGCACUGCUAAUGACCUUGUCAGCUACUUGCCCUUUGAAGAGGGCCAGAAGAGUACAGUCUGGGAGACAGACUUGCUUGAAAACUUGAACAGAGAAAAGAGCAUCUUUCAGACAGCUAUGAAUGAUGAUAACUUACAGAGAAUAAUUGAGAAAGAAAUUCAGACCAGUCAAGUACAGCCUGACAUACUAAGAGAAGAAAUAGUACAAGACGCUCAGCCUUCAGAAGGCAGCAAAACUGAACGAGUUUUUCAGUCUUGUUCCUUGAAAAAUGGAAGAUCAGAAUCAAUGACCACUAAACCAGUGUUACACAAGAAUAUCAGAAGUCCAGCAUCUUUGCAUAAAAAGAAAUCUUUUUAUAGUCCUUAUGGGGCAGUUAAAAGUUCUGGAUAUGGGAAACCCACUUCACUCACAAAACAGUCUUUUCCAGCUAGUGAAAAGAAAACACAAAAAGAAACUUUCAAAAAGACCCCUGUGAAAGCCAGAAGUCCUGCAGACAGAGCAAGAUCUAAAGAAGCCUUAUUUGCUACUAGGAUAACAAGAUCUGCAACAAAUGUACCAACUUGGAAGGCAAAUUUUAACAGAGUUAUGUCUGGCCAAUCAGUUGUUAACAAUCUUGGACACCAGGCUGUGGAUUAUUGCAGGCAGUAUCAGCAGGAUUUAUCGUUUUCUCCUAUCAAAAGUUGUGACAGAGAACUAUAUUUGCUAAAACGACUGCAGGUUGCAGAGGAAGAUCUGAGUGCAGCUCGUGAUUUGGUCCGACAACUGGGCAGCAGAGUUUCAGAAACAGAGAAAGAAAUGGAGACAAAGAUAGUAGAACUGAAAACACAGCAUGAAAAAGAGCUUUCUCGCUUGGGUCAGGAAAGCUAUGUUCUUCAGAGUAAGUUAAGAAGUAUGGAAGAGCUGACUAAAGAAAAGCAAUGGACCCAUCAUACAGAAGCAAUUCCUGUAACUGAAGAAAAACUGGCACAGAUACAAAAAGAAAUUGAAGAUCAAGAGGUCAUCAUUCAAGGUUAUCAACAGGAAAAUGAGAGGUUGUACAAACAAACAAAAGAGCUACAGAUCCAGAACAAAAAAAAUGAGGAACGUAUGUUUAAGGAGAAUCAGUCUUUAGUGUCUGAAUUAAAAGCCAUAAGGGAAAAGAUAGAGAAGACAAAUAGCACCCAGUUGCAGAAUGUGCAGGAUUCUGAGCAAGCCAGAAAUCAGAGUUUCACAGAGUUGAUCUCAGAGCUUCGAGCAGCACAGAAGAAAGAAACUAAACUAGAAGAAGAGAUAAAGCGUCUCAAGCAAGAUAAGCAAGCUCUGGAGGUAGACUUGGGACAAGCAAAGAAGGAGAGAGAUUUAGCAAAAGUCCAGGUUGCAGUCACAUCAGGUGAGAAAUCGUAUGAAUUUAAAGUUAAGGAAGAAUCAUACAAACAGGAAAUAAGUAAUUUAAAAAGAAGACUUCAGUGGUAUGCAGAAAAUCAAGAUCUUCUGGAUAAAGAUGCAGCCCGUCUUAAAGAUGCAAGGGAAGAAAUUGAGAAACUAAAACUAGAGGUAGAGAAGCUGAGAGCUGAAGCUGGAGAUCAGUGUCUGCAACAGAAGAAACGUUUGCGAGACAGAGCAGCAGAUGCUAAAAGAAUUCAGGAUCUUGAGCGACAAAUCAGAGAAAUGGAAGGAAUUCUAAAAAGAAGGUAUCCAAAUUCUUUGCCUGCUUUGAUUUAUGCUGCUGCUGCUGCUGAGAAAACUGAUGACCUUUCAGCUAAAACAAACACAGUUGAUUUUUUGGAGAAAAGAAUAAAGAAGUUAGAAACAGAACUUGAAGGUAAAGAUGAUGAAGCUAAAAAAAGUCUCCGGGCCAUGGAACAACAGUUUCAAAAAAUAAAGAUACAGUAUGAGCAAAGACUUGCAGAGCUUGAACAGCUGCUUGCCUACAAAUUCGUGAGUGAGUCACCAAAACUGAAUGGUGAUAAAGCCAGUACUACAGAACUUGAACAGGAGCUUCAGAAUCUAAAGAAGACCCAUCAGAUCACUGUUAAAAACCUCCAGACAGAAAUCGAAAACCUUAAAAGUCAAAAUUCCCAAUUAAAACUCAGAAGUAAAAAGGAUAAUAAAGACUUAGAGUCCACAGACUCUCAAAUGAAACAAGGUAACACAAAAGACAAGCUGUUAAAGCUAAAUGAGGAACUGGUCACCAAAAAUAGAGAAAUACAAGACCUCACAAAAACUGUAGAGAAACUUCAAAAAGAAAGGAUGGUGAUGUUGUCUGAUGAUAAUUUGAGAAAUAGAGCUGAUAAUAAGGAUAAUUCUGCAGCAAUCUUCAAAAAGAACACCUCAUCAACAGAUGAAAGGAAGUCCAGCACCAGUGAACCCUUUCAAAGCUUUUGCAAUGAUGACAAAAUACACCAACCACGUGCCUUUGCUGAUUCCAGUCUCUUGGAAGUGCUGCAAGAAAAUGCACAGCUGAAAGAGGAGCUGGAAAGAUUGUCUCUGGAAAUGAACCAGCAGAGGGUGAAGUCUCAAGCAACACUGGCUUAUUCUGAAAAUAACAUACGCAGGAUACAGGAAGACACAGAAGAAUACAUUGCAUCUCUGAAGGCUUCUCACCAGAGGGAGGUGGAGAAAAUUCUUUGCCAGUAUGCAAAGGAGCAUUCUACCUCUAAAGUAGCUGAACUAAACAGCAGAAUUUCAACACAAGAGAUAUUAAUAAAACAUCUUCAAGAACAAAUCAGUGAGCAACAGACACGUCAGGAAGCCCUGCUACUUUCACAAAUGAGAGAGGAACUCCUACAAAAAGAGGUGUCAAAAUUGUUGGAAGAACUGAGAGAGGCUAAGGAGAGUCAGAGCCCUGAAAUGAAACAUUUCUUGUGCCUGGAAAAGAAAAUCAAGCAUAUGGAGACCAGACAUGCAGAAAGAGAGCAAGAAAUUCAAAAGGCAGCCCAACGGGCACAGCAUGUGAGUGAAGCAAGACACAGCCAGGAGGUGGAAAAGUGGCGAAGACUGGCCCAAAGGAAGAAUCAGGAACUGGAGAGAUUCCGUGUGGAAUUGGAUGCAAUAUUGGAUGUUUUACGUGAACUGCAGAAACAAGGGGUGGUUAUUCCUGCACCUAAUUCCAAUGGAUUCGGCAUGACAGACAGCUGUUGGAAGACAUGAUUAGGUAGGAGUUGGUAAGAGAGGCAGGACUUUAUUAUUCAAAGUUAUAUAAAGAAAAUAGUAUUAUUAAAAAUCAUUAAUAUGACAUUUGUAACUUGAAUUGCAUUCUGAUCUUAUCUGGAAUCUUGCUUGUCCAAGGGUAGGUUUGCACUGAGCAACUGUGCAUAUUCUACAUUUUAUAUUUCAUUAUGAAUAAAGUUACAUGCAUUUUUUUUUUAAGUAUUGGGAAUAUGAAGGUUAUUUCAUAAACUCCCUUGCCACUGAGAAAUUCCAUUUGAUGCUUUUUCAAAUACUGUGGAAUAUGCCUGAGUAUUUUUAACUUUUGUUUAUAACUUGUCUUACAGGGAUUACUUUGUGAACAAUUUGAGCAAUAAGCAGUUUGCUUGUAUUUUUAGUCUUUUUUCAAACAUUUUGCUUCUCUUCCUCUAAUACAUAAAAUGUUCCUUCCCUUAUCUUUAAGACCCCUUUCAACUUUGUGAAUGACUGGAGGUCUGGAGCAGAACAGGCUUUCUUUGGUGAUGUUCAAAUUCGAGCUAUUCUGUUUACUUUGCAGAGAUUUCCAACAGUGCUGGUAAGAAUGAUGGCAGAGUGAUCUAGCUGAACUGUUAUGGGGCAGAUGUGAAAAAAGCCUGUGAAGUACAGUGUGAGGGUAGUUACUGGUGUCCCUUUUAAAAGGGAAGACUGUACUGAGCAAGAUUUUUACAAAGGGCUGUUCUGGAUCUGCUCAAGUACCAUCUUCAUAGAUCAUCUUUGCAGAAUAAAGAGGUCAAUCAAAUAGGAAAGCAGAAAAGCUCAACUGCAGGGAUAUGUUGGUGGGCAAAUUGAGACUUAAAAUACUGAGCAAAUUGGAAAAGGGGCCAGAUAUAAAAACCAAACCAAAACACAAUAGUCUUCAGGAGUGACAAAGAAGAGUAAUAUGCUUGAGCAGAAAUAAUUUACCACCCAAAUACAGAAUAUGGGUCUAACUUUCUGCUGCACUGACAGGCCUCAUAGCAGGUACCAAGAUGAACCUCAGGGAGACCUAGCCUUCUCCCUCUCCUCCUGCGCCCUGUGGGAGUUACACCUGAGUGUAGAGCCUGCUAAGAUACUAGACAGCAUAGGGGCAGUUGCUACUGCAGCAUGAAUCAUACAGACUUAGUGUGCUAAGCUUUUGGUCCCUUGUUUCAGAAGAAAGAUGGACCAGCUAGAGGGAACAGAAAAAUCAGCAGCCUAGAAGACAGCCUUAGGAACCACUGAAGCCACCAGGGCUGCCCUGCUCCAGAGGAGACAGGAGGGAAGAUGGGGAUGGCUGUUGUGCUGGUCCCGUGCAAAAACUGCUGCUACGAGGAGAGAAAAGGGAGAAACAGUUAAGUCAGAUUCUAGUAAGGAAAAGUCAAUCUAGCUAGCUAUUUGGUAGCUGUAAUGACAGGUUUUCAAACAUUAAAAUCAGUACAUGACUACUAUUGGUUCAUCAGUUUGAAGACUCAGCACUGGAAGUCCGUAAGUGUUCCGUAGCACAUAUAUUGAGGUUGUAGAUCACUCAACUAUACCUUCAUUUUGGGCAAAGAGAAGAUAAAAAAGUCAGAAUGUACUCUUCAGGUCCCUGGUUUAAGCUAGCUUUUAAGUCAAAUGUGGUGUAGAUCAGGUCUAUCUAUUUAUGUAUUUAUACAUCAUGCUUCUUCAGGGAUCAGCAGUAAUUGUACAUUUUGGAUUAUAGAAGCAUGUGACUGAGCAUGGAUAAAGAACAAUAUAUAUAUUUUUGUAUAAACCUACAUGGUGUAUAAGCACAGACAGUAAUCAACAGUGCAAGGAUUUUUUUUUUUUUGCAUAUACACACACAAAUUGAGACAGAAUGUAUACACAACAGAUAUUAAAAACAGUCAGCUGGCAAUUAAUUAUAUUAAUCGUGGUUGUUUAAUAUUCAGAUAUUUUCAGUAUUUUUAGUUUGGAUGUUUUUUCCCUCAGUGAUGAAACGUUAGUCAUAAAAUGUGUAAAUACAAUAAUGCUCUGUAUAUAAAAUAUCAGCUAUAUGUAAAUAUGCUAUUUUCUUAAUUUAGAACUGGUUUGCAAAUGAAAAGGAUAAAACUGAGUCAUUUCAACUUCCAUUUAUUUUCUGUACAAUUUGCUAUACAUGUAACACUGUACAUUAUGCUAUACAUUAAAGCAUGUGACCCAAAGUGA